AUGGCUGAGAACGGCACAACUCUCCCCACCAACUCUUCCACUGAGGAGACCGGCUUUGCUCAGGGCAAGGGCAAGGGCAAGGCCGCCGCUGAGGGCGCUCCUCGCACUGAGGAUGCUGCCAUGGAUGAAGAGGACGAAGAGGAUGAUGAUGAUGAUGACGAAGACGAGGAUGAGAACGGCGAGGGCGGCGACGAGGAAGACGGCAUGGAGGAGAUUGAUCUGAACAAUAUUGUUGAGGGUGGCCGCCGCACGCGCGGCACCGUCAUCGACUUUGCCAAAGCCGCUGAGCAGCACCCCGUGGAGGAGGAUGAGGACGAAGAUGACGAUGACUUCCAGCCCCCUACUGAGGACACUGAGAUGUCGGGUUAG